UCCAGUCUCUUUUAUUGAGCCGCCACUAGGGGACCACUGGGGUGUGACAGUCCUAGGGUGUAACUGUUAACUUGGGUGCGGUGUUUUGUCGCAUGCAAUAAAAUAUGGCGUCGGAAGCACAAGAGGUUAUAGCCAUUACUGGGGUUUCCGCCGGUCUGGGCCUUGCGAUGGUAAAAUGGUUCAUUUCCAGGGGCCAUACAGUGGUAGGAUGUGCCCGAUCAGCUGAAAAAAUACGUCACUUAAACGACGAGUUUUGCAGCGGAAACAAACCCAAGAAGUUUUCUGUAGUCAAUAUUGUUGACGAGACAGAGGUUAAGCAUUGGUCGCAAGAUGUUAUUUCUCGGUUUGGACCGCCAACUUUCCUUCUCAACAACGCCUCUGUGAUAAAUAAUAACAAGAAUUUGUGGGAAAUACCAGCAGAAGAGUUUAACAAAGUUAUUGACGUUAACAUCAAAGGUACCACAAAUGUGAUUCGCUCUUUUGUUCCAGAGAUGAUCAAAGCAGGUAAAGGUAUAGUUGUUAAUUUCAGUUCAGGCUGGGGAAGGAGCGUGGCGCCUCACGAGGCACCUUAUUGUGCUACCAAGUGGGCUAUAGAGGGGCUCUCCAAGGCAAUGGCCCUUGAGUUGCCAGCCCCAUUGGCUUGUAUACCGUUAAACCCAGGAAUCAUCAACACUCCUAUGCUACAGAUUUGCUUUGGAAAACGAGCCGCAGACAUGAGAACACCAGAACAGUGGGCAGAGACAGCUUGUCCAUUUAUCUUAUCUUUAGAUCACUCUCACAAUGGCAGCAGCCUCACAACUCCUUAGAGGCUCAUGGAAGUGGUACAUAUUUUUGUUUAAAUGUAGUUGGACACCUUUGUUCCUAACACAGAGUUGGGCCCUGCCUUUCUUCAGUAUAUUUUUUUACUCUGUAACAUUGAGACAUACAAUGAACCCUUGGUGUUGGUCUCCAACUGUCUGUUGACUUUUAACAGUUUUGUGUCAAAAAAGAAUGAAUUUUGUCAACUGAAUUGAAAAGGUAUUUUAAGAAAAUGGCCAACCCUGACAAUAGGCCAUUUGCACAAUGAGGUUUUACUAUUAGGACCAGAUUCAAUUAAUUUCGUAUUUUCCUUCACAUUUAAAUUUGGUAAUCCUGGCCCAGUGCAGUUUAAAUGACAAAAACCUUAAUUUGCACAAGUAAGCAAAACCCUGAAGGAUUUUGUUAGUGGUAUUGAAAAAUGAUGCCAAUCAAUCAAUCAAUCAGUAAUCUUUAUUUAUACACGAUAAUAUUUAAAGCGACGCUUCGCUUGUGGGGUCGUGUCUAAUUUGUGAAGGCCAUUGUGAACAUGGCCUAUAUUUGUUUGCUGUUAACAGCAUCAAAGCUUGUAAAGCAGGUGCUAGUUUUUAAAAGGAGGAUAGCUCCAUCCAUUGGUGAAAUCUCUAUCCAAUUGCCAAGGCGUUAGGUAUGCAGAAUUGUGAUUUAUCUGUUGGAAAGUGCAAUCCAAGUUUGAACAACUGGGACCAGACUUAAAUACUAUUGUUAACUCAAAAUUGGCCCUAAGACACAGACAAUGCUAGACCAGAUCAAACUAAAGUAACCAAUCGUUCCAAAAGUAAAGAGGUUACCGGCCAUUUAAUACUGACCAUACAUACAUGUCGUUGGGCCAGUAAUCUGGUAAAGGAUAAAGACAAUUGCCUAGUUUAAAACCAAGAGGGGCUGGUACAAGUCCAUUUAUUAUGGGAUAAACAACACAGGACCCAUAUAGUCAGAAAGAACACAUUGAAAUUAGCAACAAUUUCAAGUUUGGUGUUUAUCAGGCCUAUAUUGAACAAGAUACAGCCAUUCAAAAACUCCAAAAUUUACUGAGAAAUAUAUAGACGUCUGAACAAUGUGUGCAGCAAUCCAUACAUCUCUUACAAAUUUUCAAGUUUAUAAAUAGCUUGUUCAACAUUGGCCUGAUUGACACCAAACCUAAAAUUUUUCAUAUGACUAUGUGGGUCUCUUGUUGUUUAUCAUAUAAUAAACCAACUCAUACCCAGCCCCUCUAUGUUAGAAACAAGGCAGUGGAAAGUAACUUGGGGAGGAAAAGUGAAAGCAACUACUUUGUUAGUAAGUUUCGAAGUAAUUAAGGGAAAUUGUUUCCAGACCUUUUUUAACUACAUAAUAGAGUUCAGACUGUUGUAUAUAAUAAAUAAUUAUUGUAAUGAUUAUUUCGGUAAUAAUAAUAAUGAUACUAUCAUGUGCCAUGUCAUAUAACAA